AUGGCGUUAUCACCGCCGCCGCUGCCCUCGCGAUUUCCGUGCUGGUGCCGGGCGAUCUAUUCUUGGGGAGGAGAGUCGAAACGCGAUCUGGGAUUUAUCGAAGGCGACUUGAUCGAAUGUCUGAAUGCUGGAGACGGCUCGUGGUGGGUUGGCAGGCUGUUUCGAGAUCGGAGGACUGUUGGUUCCUUUCCAUCCAAUUUUGUCGAAGUACUGCCAGAGGAUUUCCGGCCAACAAAAACACCGAGCCCAGUGCCGCCUAAUAUAGCAGCGUCUGGAUCCAAGAGUGUGCCGCAGAAGUCGAGAACUUUCCGGAAACCGUUUGAAGCCUAUGCAAAAGCACCGCAUUAUACAACGGCGAAACAGCCAGAAACAUUCCGAGAAACACCGAGAUCGCGGCUGCAAGAUAAACCGUCACGGGAAGCGACUGUAACGUCGCGAUCGAGAGGAAACUCGACGCCGAAUCCAAGCACUGCGCUUGUCCUUGCCAGGAGUGCCCACGAAGAUAUUGCUCGCGCGCCUUCUCCCGCGCCUUUUGCAGCCAGCAGCUACGGAUCAAGAGCUCCAUCACCGGCGCCGUCUAUUGGCCGCCCACCAAGUCGUGUAGAGAAUAUACCGCGAGAGGAUUCUCCACCACCUCCAGCACCGCCUCCUCAUAGGCACGUUGCGCGGGCAGAUUCAACUGACGCAACACAAAAUUAUCAGUCCAUAUCAAGAGCCGGCUCUACGGUUUCGUAUAACCCGCGUGAUAUCUCGAGACCAAGCUCUACCAUUUCCUAUAACCCAGCAGAUAUAGCGAGACAAGGCUCGACAGUUUCCUAUAAUCCAGCGGAUAUAACGAGGCACGGCUCUACUGUCUCGUAUAAUGCAGAGGACAUAAUACCAAGACACGGCUCUGCUGUGUCGUAUGAGCAUUAUAAGUCAAAUCAUCGUCCUUCCAAUGGCUCCUACACCGAUCUUCAUAGUAUGUCAAGGCAAGCGUCGUAUACUUCAUACGAAGAUGGUUAUGGCAACGGGAGAGACGGAUAUCACACACCUAGGGGCGGCGGCUCUCAUCGGCCAUCAAUGGAGGGGAGCCAUAUGACACCCUCACCGUUACGUGAAGCCAUGGAUGGAGUAAUGCAGCAGCUGGAUCGAUUGGAGGGCUUAGGAGGAACCCGAGAAACGCAAUCGCCUGAGAGGUCGUUCGAUCCUUGGUCUCCCGAAUCUUUUGAUAUGGUAUCCCCACCACCGCCACAGCAAAGACAAAAGUCACGGCAGAGGGCUAGGCCUCUGACGUCAGUAGGCGUCUUGAGUCCCGACGAAGGCUAUGAGACUUGGAGCGGAGGAUCUUCACAAAAUACUUCGCAGCAAGACGGAAAUCGUGAAAAAUUUUACGACCCGUCCCAGCUGAGCAAUUAUGUGGAAAGGAUGGAGAAGCAGAUUUCAAGAAUGCACCAGCAUAGCAUCAGUAUGCCAGAGAACUUGGAUGGAGAUAAACCGCCGCCCCCACCUCCAAAAGGCCAGCCUUACCCACGACCCAAAUCGUCUGCUGGAUCAACGGUCGGAGAGUUGGUUUCCUUUGACAAGAAAACGCGUGGGCGAAGAUCGGUGUACGAUAUGAUACCGGGCAUCGAGCGCACCAACACAACCAAAACAAAUCAGACUAACGCUUCGACCGGCAACCAAAGCAACAGUAGCUCUUCGACACAGAGCAGCGGUAGGACGCUGUGGAGUGGUGUUUCUGCUGGCGGGUUUAGUUCUACGAGCGCGGGAAGCUUAGCUCGGACGGCUCACCGUGCUCAAAGUGCACUUAGUAUGCGUAACGAUGACGGUGACCGGCCAGACUCGCCAUUUACAGGCGUGACUUAUCACAGCAGUCAUGCCAGCAAUUUUGCCGGGCCUGGAAACAGCAUCGCCCGACCGAUAUCUCAGGUAGGUUUUCACGAAGAGCUCACCCCUGGAUUAGGUGGUCUCGUUGCGCCGAAGUCGCCGAAAAGAAAUAUCUUCAAGAAAAUCUUCGAAUCAGCCAAGACAGGCGUUGCUAGCAAUCGGGGUAGUAUCGCCGCUGGCCACAUGCCCAUCGUCAGAUCGUCGCCCUUUUCUCGCUUGCAGCAGCCACAUAAUGUGUCGCCAGGAGCAAGCAUGGCCUCGCUAAGCGGCGCCCGAUCUAGGCGCGAUGCCGCCAGAGAAAUGGGCCUUGGCGCCGGCGUCGACUGGGUCCAAGUCCGGCGCGAUGUUAACCGAUCUAAUUCCAUCAGUAAGAUCGAACGGACUGAGCGAAUGGAGCGCUGCCAGAUGCAAGACCACCCCACCCUCAAUCCCAUCGACGAGCUCUACGAGGGCAUCGAAGGCGAUGAAGGAGCAGAUGGCAUGCCAGUUCAUAAACCGGAGAACUACCACAUGAUCAAUCUUUCUCAGGUAGACAAGAACUCGCGUUAUGUGAAAGAGCCGCCCCCGGGAACCACAGUGGCAACGCUCGCUCAGACUUAUAUCUGCAGACCGUACAGGAGCGACCUACAACGGCUCCGAGCAAUAUUCACCUGGGUUGCAGAGAAGAUAUGCUGGGAAGAGGAUUUUGAGGGCGAUGCCGAUACCCAGCGAACUAUCCAGGCAAGGAGAGGCUGUGCAGAAGAAUAUGCCAUGCUCGUCAUGGAAAUGUGCUCUGCGGUUGGACUGCACUGUGAAGUCGUGAGGGGGUACCUGAAAGCUCCCGGCGAUGUACCGGAUCUCAAUGUGAUGCCGAGAUCGAAUCACUGGUGGAACGCUGUCAUUGUCGACGAUGAAUGGCGCAUGAUCGAUGCUUGCUUAGCAAGCUCCUCCAAUCCCAAGCGCGCUCUUUAUUCAAGCCUGAGUGGCCCGUCGGCAGACUUCUGGUGGUUCCUUACACGACCAACAGAGAUCUGCUGGACGCAUGUGCCGGAGCACCACGACCAGCAACAUAUUGUGCCCCCAGUGGCCUAUGACACGCUAUUAAAUCUGCCAUGCGCAUGCCCGGCCUAUUUCAAAAAUGGAAUUGAACUGGUGGACUUCAACACCAGCCUGACAAGGAUAGAAGACCUCGAGAUGGUUCACAUCAUGUUUAACGUCCCGAGCGAUGUUGAAAUCGCAGCCGAGGUUGAAGCACGGGCUUUCUCGAAGGAUAACGAUGGCGAUCUGUUUGAGAGUGGCGAUAUUGUCAAGAAGAAGGCAUUGGCUCAGGCUGAGUGGUUCAACGGUGUGAAACGCUAUACGGUAAAGGCGCUACUGCCCGGUGAUGAAGGCCAAGGCGUAUUGAAGGUUUAUGCUGGCAAAAGAGGUUUGAUGCAGAGUAUCAAAGACAUUCCUCAUCCUCUGGCCUUUACUCUCCCCAUCAUCCACACUGGCGAGAAUCCGCCAUAUGAAUUUGUCACACGACAUCCGACUCCCCACGCACAAAGACACGACAUCUAUGUUGUCCAGCCUCAAUGUCAGCAAUUGGCUCUGAAUAAUACCUUUGUCUUUGCCAUCAGACAGCAUCCCAGCUCCAUUUCAAGUAGCGCACAAUCAGCUCUCACGCCGGCAUCAAAUCCUGGAUCAACAAGCCCUGUGCCUUUUGCUCGACCAUCAUCUGCGAUGAGCGUCAACGCUUCUAGUGCGAGCGGUAGCUCCGCUAGCGGCACUGUUGCGGGAAAGAAGCCGGCUAAGCUGGCAAUCCAGACACCAGGAGGCAAGAUUCUUCGGCUCAUGAGGAAAGAAGACCGCAAAGGGAUCAGCGUUGGAUCGAGGACCCCAGACGAGGAGAUUAGCGACGGCGGUACCUGGGAGACAAUCAUCAAGUGCUCCGAGAAGGGCCUGUGGAGAGGCCUGAUGUACGGCCACCCGGCUGGGGGGUAUCAUUUCGCACCGCAAAUGCAACAGCAGAUGCCGCAACCGCAGAACCAGCAGCAGCAGCACCCGGCGACGUUCCAACACCAUGGCCAGCAGUCCUUGUAUACCAGCGGCAUGGGCCACGAGCAGCAGUUCUAUCACCACCAGAACCCGCAGCCGCAGUCUCAGCAUGCCAUGUACAUGCAGCCGCAGCAGUUCCAACAGUCGGCGCAUCAGCAUCAGGAGGCAAUGUCACCAUACAACGUUGGCUUCAACGGGUACCCCGAAUACAAUACUUCAGCGCAAGUCGGAGGUCACCAGAGCCAUCAUUUACAGCAGGCAGCAAACCAAUAUCUGCCACAGAGUAAUGUAUGGCAACACCACCAGCAGCAGCCACAACAGCAACAGCCUCAGCGGCAGCAGAUGACACCACAGCCGAUGCAGCACCAGCCUCUUCCCAGCCAACAUCUUCCACACCAACCUCUCCCUCACCAGGCUUUGCAGCAGCAGCAGCAGCAGCAUUCGAUGCAGCAGCCUCUCCAACAAGUCCAUCGACAACAGCAACACCAUCAGCCGUCUCCUAUAUACCAUUCGCAGUCGCCCGCGCCGUCUCUUCCACCACAGCCAUCGCCUAUUCGAACUUCCGCACCGCCACCUCCACGACCGCAAGCUACUCCCCAGCCGCCACAAUACCAUUCACCUGUGCCUCAGCUGUCGCCCCAGAGAGAGCAACAGCGACAGCAGCAAGGAGAGCAGCAGCAGCAAUAUCGACAGCCUACUCCGCAGCAACAGCCUCAGCAGCAACCUCAGCAGCCGUCGCAUACUCCCGCGCCUCAGCGGCAGACUCCUCUCCAGCAGGAACCGGUACACUAUGUCAAUUUGCAAGAUAUUCAACGACAGCCGUCGAUUACCUCUUUGCCUAUAUCAACGGCGGCUUUAUCGAAUAUACCAGUCGCCAGUCAUGAAAAGCCCAGAGAGUCUACUGUUAAGCUACCGCAUCCUAGUGCAGCUAUAAUCAAGCAAGAGAAGCAGGAAGAUGGCUCUAUUCCGACUCGCGUACUUCAACAGGCCCCUGAUGUUCGCAUCAAACCCAGUCCACACUCUUCAAUGACAAACUCACCGUCCCUUUCCAUGAGAUCUCCCAGCAUUACCAAGAAGUCGCCCGCUAUAACACCUAAACCUCGACCUCUCAACACGACACCCUUAAUGAUAGCCAUUGCCGAAGAGUGCAUUGAAAAAGCGCGAAACGCCUCGCACGAUGUAGCCAUGGCGCUAUGUCCGAACCAAGUGAGCGAGUACCAGGAGUUAAUAGCAACGGCGCUAUCAUGUCUAGAGUCUGCUUUGCAAGGCAAUAACCAGCUUGCGCCGCGAGAGGAGGCACGUGUACGAUUACGAUAUGCUGCGCUCUUACAGGAGGAGACGGAGAAUUUAAUGGAGGCUGAGACGGCUUUGGCAAAGGGAAUUACGCUUUGCGACAAGCACCGUCUGUUUGAUUUAAAGUACUGCAUGCAAUAUCUCAUGUUGAAAGUCUUGUACCAGAGGAAUCAUAAAGCGGCAUUAAAAGCGGUAGACGGCCACAUUUCUAAUUGCGAAGUGUUUAAACAUGUACAGUGGUAUUAUGCCUUCCGGUUAUUAAAAGCUUCCUUUUAUCUUGGUGUUGGAAUUACGGACGCUGGUGCCCUCGACAACAUACGAUCUAUUCAGAAUGUCGCCAACACUAGAGGCGAUACUGCGCUCUCUGUUCUCGCCUCAUUAAUAGAAGGGUUCACUCUUCUCAAGACGGCCAAGGACGGUAAUAUGGAGAAGAUACAAUCCUGCAUCGCGCAGGUCGCCAAAUACCAAUUUGACCCGUCGGUGCAGAUUACGCAGCUCACCAUGUUGACUCUGCUACUAGAAGUUGCUGCAAGCCUACAUCAUCAAAACCCGGACCACACGGCUCAGAAACUGCGGGAGCUGCAGACGUGCCUAGAUGACUGCGAAGACUGGCAUAAUGUCAAGUCUGAUUUUUUGGUGCCGAUCAAAAAGGAGCUGUCUGCAGCCAAGACUGUUAGCGGUGAUACGCAAGCGAUCCUCCGCUUAGGCGAAGGUGAGGGUGAGAUGGAUUAUUUGGUCAUGACAUUUAUGACUAAAAUGGAGCUGAGGUCGCUCGUAUUCACCAUCAGCGGUUUGGUUAACUUUCAUAAGCCUUCAUCACAGGGGCGCAGAUCAACAGAGUUCUGGAAAGAAGGCCUGAAGAUUCUAGAAACAUGGGACUCUUCGACGGCUGGCAUUCCAUACGGUGCCCCUGUUCCUCUAAACGUGGCGAUCAAGCAGCGGGCAUGGCGGAUAGAGGCUCAAGCUUACUUGAAUGUUCUCUUGGGAUUGGUGGCUGCGAGUCACUGCCAAUGGUCAACCGUCAAACAGAUGGUUCAAAACCUUCAGUCUUUUGUCUCGCCUUCAACGCAGCCUACUGUGAAAUUGCUCGCUAUCUAUCUAAAGGGUGUAUACUUCCAAGGCAUUGGCCAACUCCAACAAGCUCUCAACAUCUUCUUAGACAACCGAUUUGCAGUACAGCAACAGGGAAGCACUGGAACAAAGGCGGGACAUCAAGAGAUUGCCCUCCUCGCCGGAUUGAACAGGCUCUGGAUCAUGCAGCAUCCUUCUUGUCGAAACGAUCAGACAACGCAAGAUCUGAUCGAGCAGCUCCAGCCUCACUGUAAUAACCACACCAACAUUGAUCUCCGAACCGCAUGGCACAACGUCAUGGCCGCCAUAGUCACCGAUCCUCCUCAGCAACUCAACCAGCAGAAGCAGCACAUACACGCCGCCAUGGCAGGCUCCAAGGUCACUAGUAAUGUACUAGGAGCCGCCGUCACGCUGUGUAUCAUGCGCAGCCGCUUCUUCGAAAAUGUCAUUGGCGAGCAGGCUCUGAAGAGCGCCCGAGCAGCAGCCAAGCAGGCGCAGAGGAGCGGCAACGUCCUGUGGCAGAGCGUCGCUGAUGGCAUGCUGGCGCAGUCGUACGAGGUACAGGGGCAGAGAGAUGAAGCUAAACAAGAGUGGGACAAAGCAACAGAGGAAGCUAGAGACGCGUUUUCUCGAAGCCUAUGA